CUUUAGACAACCUUAGUUGAAGAAUCAAUUAAGGAGAUCCUUGACGCAGGCUCCGAUGUUAUCGAUAUUAAGAAAUCACAAUUUAUUGAUUCAAAAUCUGUCCUAUCUGCAAAGUUAGUUUUACCAGAUGGAGGAGAGCAACGACGAAUUGGAGUUACUACAGGAAGAAGUUCCAGUAGGCAGAAUGCAGUGAGACGACUCUCUUACCCCCAUUAACAUUGUGAUCAUAUUAAUAUACCAAUAAUCAUCAUUACAAUAUGCAUUUCCCUCUUUUAUAUGUGGAUAGUACUUAAUUCUUUAUAAAUAUAUUAAUUCCAAAUAUUGCUGCAAUUUUUAUUAUCAUUCUAACUAAGAUCCACAUCGCAUACAUUUGAGACUCCCAAUUAUCACAUAAUGAUUAACUGAUUAAUUUUAUUAAAUCACUAAAUAUAAUGCAUAGACCGAAACCCCACAUCCGAGUUCAACACGAAAAGGACAUUUUGGAUGGGUUCAGCAGAUUGCAAUAAGUCUAACCCCUUAUACAGAUCAAUCCCACUGUGGAUAAAAUCCCCAAUCUCAAGAAAAUACAGAUCUUGGAAGACAGAUAUAUAUAAAUAGAAAAGGACAAUAGAUUGUUAUUGGAGAAAAUUACAAACAUUAUGAAGAGUGAAACCACUCGUGUGGGAAGACAGAAACGAGCUUCGAGUUUUGAGAGCAGAAAGAAAAGUGAACAAAGACAAAUUUAAAGAGAAAAUCAGAUGUUGUUAUCCAAAAUAAGUAAUAAAAAGUCAUCCUAUUCCAAAAAUCAUUUUGAUAAAGAGUGGAAUAAAACUAAACAAUAUUUUAUCAAUCUUGGAGGGUUGCGUACUUUAAGUUCAAAGUAAAAACAGUUUAAUUAUUCAUUUUUAUAUUGA